AUGUCCACCACCACGGACCCGAAAUGGAACACGACGCCAUGGAACACGCCAUUUGCCAACAUGGCCCGCCAGGCCAUCGACAAUAACCUGCCCGCCAUCAAGAAAAUCAACCACCAAAUACACAGCGACCCCGAGCUCGCCUACGAGGAGCACCACGCCCACGACAACUUCGUCUCCCUCCUGAAAUCCCUCGACUUCGCCGUCACGCCCUCCGCCCAUGGCCUCGCCACCGCCUUCUCCGCCGAGUUUGGCUCCGGCGGCCGCCUUGUCGUCUUCAACGCCGAGUACGACGCCCUCCCCUCCAUCGGCCACGCCUGCGGGCACAACCUGAUCGCCGCCGCCUCGUUCGCCGCCUUCCUCGGCGUCGCCACCGCGCUCAAGGGUGCCGGAAUCCCCGGCCGCGUCCGCCUCCUCGGCACCCCGGCCGAGGAGGGCGGCGGCGGCAAGCUCCGCCUCAUCGAGGCCGGCGCCUACCGCGGGGCAUCCGCGUGCAUGAUGACCCACCCGGGGCCGCAGUACCUCCUCCGCGAGAACAUCACCGGCGUCGCCGAUGUCAAAAUGCUGGCAAACGUCAAGUGGCGCGUGUCCUUUGCCGGACGCGAAGCCCACGCGGCCAUGGAGCCCUGGAACGGCCGCAACGCGCUCGACGCCGUCUGCCUCUCCUACAACGCCAUCGCCAUGCUGCGGCAGCAGAUCCGCCCGCACGAGCGCAUCCAUGGCGUCAUCCGGGACGGCGGCGACCGGCCCAACGUCGUCCCCGGCUCAACCUCCGUCGAGUACUACGUCCGUAGCAACACCCUGGCGGCCGCCAAGCGCCUGUGGGAGCGCGUGCAGCUCUGCUUCGAGGGUGCCGCCACCGCCACCGGCUGCCAGGUCAGCUACGAGCCCAUCAACUCGUACGCCGACCUCCGCUCCUCCGCGGUGCUCUGUGACGAGUUUGUCAACAACAUGCCAGAGGGAAGCGUCUCUCUCAACGAGCCGGCUGACUUCCUGGCGGGCUCCACCGACAUGGGCAACGUCACGUACGAGUGCCCGGGCUUCCACGGCGCCUUCGGCAUUGACACGGAGCGCGGGCAGGGAAACCACACCAAGCCGUUCGCCGAGGCCGCCGGGCUGGACAAGUCCCUGGAUCGGGCAGUGGAAUGGGGCAAGGGCAUGGCGCUGGUGGCCCUUCGCGUUCUUCUCGAUGACAGUUACAAUGAUGUUUUGCAAGAGGAUUGGAAGGAAGACAUGAAGCGCGCGACACAGUAA